UCCGUUUUUCUGACAGUUCACGUCAAGUGGUUGAACGGGAGGUUGUUGGAGCGGGUUCUCUCAAAAUCCUGCCGAAAAUUUUAGUGAUCGCGAGUGGAAUUUAGUUUUUUUUUGGUGUGAAUAUUCCUGAAAAACGUCCAAAAUGGCAAGCAGGAUGGCCGGUCAGACUAUAAACGACAGGUUGCUAGCCGCACGGCAUAGUAUAGCGGGUCAAGGACUGGCCAAGGCGGUCUGCAAAGCGACCACAGAAGAAAUGAUUGGACCCAAAAAGAAGCACUUGGAUUAUUUAGUUCAUUGCACUAAUGAGCCAAACGUAUCGAUACCGCAGCUAGCAAAUCUGAUCAUAGAAAGGUCCCAAAACACCAAUUGGGUAGUUGUGUAUAAGGCCUUGGUCACCUGUCAUCACAUGAUGUGUUAUGGAAAUGAAAGAUUCACGCAGUUUCUGGCCUCAAAUAAUAGUACCUUUCAACUAAGUAAUUUUCUAGAUAAAAGCGGCCUUCAAGGGAUGCUUAAUUCAAAAGCGGGGUAUGACAUGUCGCCGUUCAUCCGCCGAUAUGCUAAAUAUUUAAACGAGAAGGCUUUGUCAUACAGAGCGGUGGCUUUCGACUUUUGCAAAGUCAAACGAGGCAAAGAAGAUGGUAUGUUAAGAACAAUGAACGCCGACAAACUACUAAAAACAAUCCCCAUUCUGCAGCAACAAUUAGACGCCCUGCUGGAGUUUGACUGUAACAGCAACGACCUUACGAACGGCAUUAUUAAUAUGUGUUUCAUGUUGCUGUUUAGAGAUCUCAUCAAGCUUUUUGCUUGUUAUAACGAUGGCAUUAUAAAUUUACUAGAAAAAUACUUUGAUAUGAACAAGAAACAAUGCAAAGAAGCACUGGACGUGUACAAAAAGUUCCUCGUUCGAAUGGAUCGCGUCGCUGAAUUCUUGAAAGUAGCUGAGAAUGUAGGCAUAGAUAAAGGGGAUAUUCCCGACCUCACCAAAGCCCCUAGUAGUCUACUGGACGCCUUGGAACAGCACUACAACCAUUUGGAAGGCAAGAAGUCUUCAACUGGUGCAACUCCUUCUAGUACGAACAAUCAAAAGAAUAUCAAGUCAGGCGUGACGGCUUUGAAUUCGACUAGUAAUGCUUUCGGCAACGUCGCUUCCAGUGGCCGUUUGGAUUCGGUGAAUGCCAGUAUCGAUGAAAACUUGAAACUGAAGGUUUUGGCAGAAGAGGAAGCCGCCAUGAACCAGUUUAAAGUAAGUUCUAAAGUAUCGCCGCCAAGCUCGGCGGUAAACAACCCGUUCCUCAGCAACUCAAACUCGCCAUCCAACCAAUCGACUCCUGUGGUGGACUUGUUUGCACCUGAAGUCACACCUGUUCAACCAAAGGCUUCUGACGAUCUUUUGCAGUUGUCCAAUCCGUUUGUUGAUCAGUUCAGUUCGACAACUGCGUUUUCUGUUCAGCAACAGCAGACUACUAGUGCUUGGGUAGCAAACGGUAAUGGUUAUGGAAUACCAACAGUACAGCCUGUGAUGUCCAACCCGUUAGCGCCAAACGGAGGUAGUUUCGUAACGGAAAAUAAUUUCACCUCAGUCUUUGGUAACACCGAAGCUCCAGCUGCCGAAGAGAUCCCAUCCCCUUUUUCCUAUAAUCCUUUCCUGGUGGAAGAUAACACCCCCCCUCUCCUAAGCCUGGAUUCACCCACCAAAUCCGACGAUAACCCGUUCCGAAACGUUAUCGACUUUUUUCAAGAACAGUGUUCGGAUAUCGGAAAUCACACUGCAACCGGAACCUUCGAUGCAUUAGGCGGCGUCCUACAGCCAAUGAACAGUCUCGGCGGUAAAAUGUCAAACGGUAACGGCUUAACCUCUAACACCAACGGCAGUCAACAAUUGGCCACCAAUGGCGGACUAUUGACCGGCGAUCUUGAAUCUAGUUUGGCCUCUUUGGCGGAAAACCUCACUAUUAAGGACCGAAAACAAACAUUAAAGGGAGUCCAAUGGAAUUCGCCUAAAAACGGUAGUUCAAAACCUAACUGGACUCCACAACCCAUGAGUGCUACUACUGGCGCGAAUUACAAACCAAUGAAUCAGCAAAUUAAUAGUGGGCCUUUUAGUACAUCUUUUAAUCCUAGUAUGCCUAUGGCCGCACCGAUGGUUGCGCAGCCUGUUUAUCCUCAGGUGCCACAGAUGGGAGUGAAACCUAUAAACCCCAUGAUGGCCCCACUAAAUCCGAUGGGCGGUUUACCACAGCAGCCGAACGCCUUAGGGCAACCACAACAACAACUUUUGUUCCACUGAUGGAUACCUUAGUUUAAUUUAAUUUUAUUUUUGUAAAUACAUAUUAUAUAUUUUUGUAUUAUAUGAAUCCAGAUAUUUGGAAACCAUUGAAGAGAUUUUUAAAAUGCUUCUCUCUUUUUUGAGAGAGAUCGUAUCAAUUGUCGAUGUUAAAGAAAGAAAACACUUUUUUAUCACUUUUAGUGGGGUUACUUUUAAGAUAAAAAUAAAGGCUUUUCUAUAUUUGUCACAUGCAUAUUUUUAUAUGGCGAUGUUUCUGCAAUAACGUAGCCCGUAUAUGUCGGACAAAUCAUCUUUCUUGUACAUAUCACUUUUAUAUUAUGUUAUAUUAGUAUCUGCUUAGGAAAUAUUGUGAUCAUCAUAUCAAAAUUUCUGUUAUUGUUAGUUGUUCUUAUAUCGUUAGACAAUAAGCUGGCGACGGUCCACAUUAUAAUAGGAUAAAGAAUUGUCUCAUGGACCAAGAAAUGAUUGAGAUUUCAAUUUAGCGGACAUUUAUUAUGAUGUAUGCCAUAUUAAAAAUGUAACUGUAAAUUUUAUAGAUUUUUAGUACAUAGUAUAUACUCGGUGUUGAGAUUUGAGUGUAAUACGAUUUUUUAAUUAAACAGUUCUACCAAUUUUUUUUGCCUGGUGUCCAUGUGAUAUGCGACCUGGCAAUGACUUUUUAGUAUUUAUGUUUAUUUUAAUGCACUUUAUACGAUAUUUUUAUUAUUAGUAUUAUUACAUCAUUGCUUUUUGUAUAGAGGCAUUUUGUUAUUUAAGUGUAUAUUGUAUUAAUUAUAUUAUUAUUGAGCAGUCUUGAAUAA